AUGACAUACACACCACUGGAGCUCUUCAAGCUUUUUUUCAGUGAUGAUGUUCUGCAAACCUUGCGCCAUCACACCAACAAGAAUGCAAGAAAAAAGUUGCACAGGGAAAAAAAAUAUCCAUGGCAGGAUCUGAGCCCCCAGGAGCUUCAGAAGUUUCUGGGGCUCAACUUCUACUGUGCCUUGCUGAAGUUGAGUGCAGUCCAGGAUUACCAGGAAAAAAAUAAAAAUAAAAUAAAAUUAGCGUCCCUUUUCCUGCAAGUGUCAUACCAAGGAAUCAUUUUUUUGGUGAUCUCAUGGAACAUCCAUGUAAGUGACCCCGACAAGCAUGACUGCCUGUUUCACCUGAAGCCCAUCCUCGUCUCCAUCCAGGAUGCAUGUAAAGCCUUUUACCAACCAAGGCAGAACAUUGCAAUGGAUGAGAGGAUCUUGGCGACGAAGGCUCACACUGGCAUGACCCAGUACAUGAAGGCCAAGCCAACCAAGUGGGGCUUCAAGCUUUUUGUACUUGCUGACAGCAGCAACAGCUACACUGUUGACUUUGCAGUGUACACAGGCAAGUGGGCUAGCAUAUGA